ACACACAUAUAAUUCAUUUUUGCAGACUGGAAUUGUGCCGUUUUGCUCCCAUAGAAACAAAUUGCUCUAUCUUGUUAGUAAUCUAAGAUCUUUGCCUUAAGUGCUUAUGCCUCAUUCUAAUUCUAAGUCUCUAUGGUAACUCUUACAGGUGCAUCAAAAUAUCCACACGGAACACAACAGAAUGAUGAACUCAACCUGCAUCAAUGUUCCCAGUGUGGAAAAGCAUUUAAAAGGGCCAGAACUCUUAAAAUCCAUAUGCUUACUCACACUGGAGAGAAGCCUCAUCAAUGUGUCCAGUGUGGAAAAGCAUUUACACAAAUGUCAAAGCUUAACCGUCACAUGCAUACUCACACUGGCGAGAAGCCUCAUCAAUGUGCCCAGUGUGGGAAAGGUUUUUAUCAAAUGUCAACUCUUAAACGCCAUAUGCUUACUCACACUGGCGAGAAGCCUCAUCAAUGUGUCCAGUGUGGAAAAGCAUUUACAGAAAUGUCAAGUCUUAGGACCCAUAUGUUUACACACACUGGAGAGAAGGCUCAUCAAUGUGCCCAGUGUGGAAAAUGUUUUUAUCAAACAUCAACUCUUAAAAGCCAUAUGCGAACACACACUGGUGAUAAGCCUCAUCAAUGUGCCCAGUGUGGAAAAGGUUUUUAUCAAACAUCAUCUCUUAAAAUCCAUAUGCUUUCUCACACUGGAGAGAAGCCUCAUAUAUGUGCCCAGUGUGGAAAAGGUUUUUAUCAAACAUCAACUCUUAAAAGCCAUAUGCUUACUCACACUGGAGAGAAGCCUCAUCAAUGUGUCCAUUGUGGAAAAGCAUUUACACAAAUGUCAAAUCUUAGGACCCAUAUGCUUACACACACUGGAGAGAAGGCUCAUCAAUGUGCCCAGUGUGGAAAAGGAUUUUAUCGACCAUCAGCUCUUAAAAUCCAUAUGCUUACUCACACUGGAGAGAAGCCUCAUAUAUGUGCCCAGUGUGGAAAAGGUUUUUAUCAAACAUCAUCUCUUAAACGCCAUAUGGGAACUCACACUGGAGAGAAGCCACAUCAAUGAGCCCAGUGUGGAAAAGCAUUUGAAUGGACCACAAUUCUUAAACACCACAUGCUAACACACACUGGAGAGACAGGUCAUAAAUGUGCCCAGUGUGGAAAUUGUUUUCUAUUUGCUUCAACUCUUAGAUCCCAUAUGCUUACACAUACGGGAGCGAAACCUCAUACCCUUCCCUGGAGAGAAGCCUCAUAAAUGUUCCCAGUGUGAAAGAGGUUUUUCACACACGUCAAGUCUUUCACGCCACAUGUUUGAACACAAAGUAAAACAGGAACAUGAAGAAUACAACGAAAGACACGAAUUGUAUUUGAUUGAGAUAGAACAGAACAGAAGAUCCAUGGACAGAAUGAUGAACUCAACCUGCAACUCCCUCAUUAGAAGGCAUGAAAAUGUACUCUACUGUUAUCCGAUUUAUUCUUAUUUUUUUUCUUCUGAGUAUUUGUGCGUUUAAUGCGGCUUCAACUGUUUGACAUAGAAACUUCGUUCAAACUGCGUUGCGUAGGUCUUACUUUGGGGACUUCAGCUAUAUAUUGUUCAACUAUGUAACUUUUAUACUUUUUGAACUAUUAAUUAAAAACUACUAAAAAUUUCCCCAUAGACUUAACAUUGGCGAUUAUGACAUCACACUUAGAAUCCUAUGCUAAGUGU